GGUUUGAGCUUUUCUCCAUCUAGGUGUUCAUUAGUACUUUGUCCCUUGCGGCAUACCUGUGUGGCCUUUCUUUGUAGGCUGGAGCUUUACUACAGUAGUCAAAACCGUGGCGUUACUUCUACACAUAGUGACAACGUCUCGUCUCUGAGUUGGCGAUAGAGGGGACAGCGUUCCCCAGAGGAUCUCCAAGCCAUUGGCGCAAACACUUCGUUUGAAGGUUGCCCCAAUAUGACCAAGGGCGGGACCACGCCAGCAGCUACCUUGCAGAGCUUCUAUCCAUCUGCAAAAAAGCCGAAUACAGGAGGACGUGACAAAUCGCUGAAAUCUGUGGAUAAUGUCAUUGCCACUCCUACGCGAACCAUAUUUAGGAAACCUCGUCUUGGGACCAAUGUCGUGGACCCAGCAGGCACUGUCGAGACAGAAAGAAUCCCAGGGCAAACUGGCGGAAAGCGUCAGCGUGAUGCUGCCGAGCAGCGGACAGAGAUGACCGUCUUCAGGACGCCAAAGAAAACGAAGGUGGAUACGUCGGUUCACCUUCAAGCGGAUGAGAUCUCCAGCGUGGAUACUGAUCCCACAAUAGGAACGAUGGACGAUCAGGCCAUCAUCAGAGACGCGACAAGUAUAAAAGGAAAAAGUGCAGCGAUUUCUAUGCGCGAGCACUCUGAUCAAAUUUGCAAGACAGAUAGUUCUCAGCUGAGCUCAGGGGAGAUCCCAAGAACACCAGCGAGAAAAGCAGCCAGUCGCCAAACACCGUCUUCCCUAUCAUUUGUCAGAAUUGACCGACCGCGAGUCCGGUCGCCCCUUCCUUCCCCUACGUCGGAGAAAGUACCUGAAGUGCAUGAUCCGCGCGAAUCUCCCACCACCCUCAAAUUUUUAGCCACACCUGUCUCGUCUCCGAGUGGACCCAUCAUUUUAGCGACAUCUUCGAAGGAUAUUGAUGGGUCUCCAUCUAGCAGGCGAGGGCCUGCAUACCGAAGAUACCGGCAUCUGAUAACUCCGGGGAGGAAGCUCAUACUGCCCAGCAAAUACGAGCUAUUAGAGAAGAUGUUCCACGGACUCGAGUAUACCAUUAUGUUUAUGAAGGGAAGAGACCAGCCUUGUGUAUACCACAAGAUUCGGAAAGCUGUUGAAAACAUGUGCCACAGGAAUUUUGAACUUCGGAACCUGGCCCAAAUCAGAGCGGUGUACCCCGAGGCGUAUAGGUAUAAAGCGGUCCAAACUGUUGAUAGAGGCGUCAAGGUGGCAUCUGUUUGCAUUGACAUUCCCGAUGAAAACGAGGAGAUCGCCAGUCAGGCCGCACCAGGGAGUGCGGGAGAUUCACCCUCAAUCAUCCGGGGCGGCACACUGGUGGCGCCGAGCGCAUCCGCUGUAGAUAGUGUUGCAAUGCGGAAUAAAGCUGCAGGAGCGAGUAGGAGCAUGGGCGAACGCAGGAACGAAUUUCACAAGAGGUUAUUGGAACGGGUGCAUAUUGAACAUGAGAAAUUUUUGGGGACGCUGCCAUACACAAUGAACGCAGCCAAAGAAGGAGAACUGCGCGCAUGGCAUCCUCAGUUCAAUCUAGGCGCUGUACCGGAUAUUACACCUGCUGAAAUGCCAGAAUUGAAGGAAGAGACACCAGAUUUUAGGACGGUCGCGCGAAAACGAGCGAACGAGGCUAGUAAGGCGUCUCAUGACGCGACGAGUCCCGCACAAGGAGAUAUCCCUCCAGAAAAUCAUAGCCCCAAAAAGUCAGAAGAAGGCAAGGAACACGUUUCCAUGAGCAAAGACGGCUCUGCUGGCCGUCAGGAUCAAGCCAGUCCUCUGCCGCUUAUACCGGCAGAUCCCUUACCGGCUACGUCUGGUCCGCCGACUAAACCAAAAUCUCGAGCUGCGGCACUCCUCGAAAGGAUACGAGAGAAGGAACGGAAGAAGAUGGAAUCGGAGAUGUACUCCAAGAAGCUGACUCCUGAGGAGAUAAGAAAGAAAGCCAUGUUAUCGAGACUGGGAGACUUGGCCCAAGCUCUAAAUUUCCUGUAUGUUUCUGCUGGGAAAAAUGUGAUGUCACUGAGCGAUGUAACAAGCCAUCUUGCGACGAGUUUAAGAUCUGCAUUGUCUGAAGCGGAAAGCCGCGAGCACGUCGGGCUUCUCGCAGACGUCGCACCAGAGUGGUGCAAAUUGUCCAUCCUCGACAUUGGGACAUUUGUUAAAAUCGAUCGGGGUAUGGAAUUAGCCAAGGUCAAGGAGAGGGUUCAGGAGGCCUUAGCGGAAAUGACGAAGUCAGAGACGUAAAGAGGGCUACGAAACGGACGAGGAACCAUGGGUAGAUGCGUGUACUAUUCAGGAGGACCCCUUGGUUAUUUGUUUUUGUGAUCUUUGGAUUUUUCUGUGCAUACUUGUGAUGUGAAUUUGAGAUAGGACGUGCGACAGCAUACAAUUCCUGGAGAAGUGGAUGUAAAUGUACUGAGGAUAUGGGCAUUGUAAUCAUAGAGUUGAAUGUAAUAGCUGGCGAGAGGAUCUAGGACACUAAUAAAUGAAAUGUACAUACUAUA